AAUGGAUGAAAAUAUUUGGAAACAAACGAAAUCACUGGAAAUUCCAGAAGAAGCUCUUAGACAAACACUAGAAAAUGAAAAAUCCAUAACAGAAAAAUUAUAUGCACUAGUAAAACGAUCUCCAUUUGCUGUAGCUGGUGCGGAAGAAUUUACUUCAAGUUAUCAAAAUACGUAAAGAUGGCUGAAGAAAGUGACAGAAGUCAAUUGCCACCUGGUUGGGAAUGCAGAUACGAUAUUCGAAGUGGUCGUCCAUAUUUUAUAAAUCAUUUUAAUCGUACAACAACAUGGGAAGAUCCAAGAGUAAGAUAUUGGCAGUAUUCUCAGUAUAUACAAUCACAAAAUUCAAUGGCAUUGAGUUCUGCUACAACUAUUACUUCUCAAGAUAUACCUAUGCAGACUGGAGGAAAUGGAGGACAUUUAGGUUAUGCAGGAACUCAUAGAGCUCCUCAAAUUUAUCCUAUACCGUCUCCUUAUCAUAAUCCACAACUUGCAUUUUUACCCCCUAGUUUACAGGAUCUGAAAACUCCAUUAUCUCUAAAAUCAGUUAGUGCAAUGACAAAUAGGCUUGGAGAUAUGACAUUGGGAUCUUCAACACCAAUAAAAAAUAUGGAAACGUGUUUAACACAGAAUUCAGAUUCUGAAUUGCAAGUUGCUAAAAUUAAUGCAAUGUUUCCAACAGUUUCUGAUACUCAUAUUCGACUUCUUUUAAAAAAAUACCAUAACAGAGCAGCUUUGGUUGUCAGCGCUUUACAAGUGGAAAAGAAUCCUCUUUGUGCGCCAGGACCAUGCACACCUGUGGGAGUGCAUUCUAACUAUGCAAUACCAAGAUGGCGAUUACCACCACAUGCUAUACAUGCAGCUUUAACAUUGAGUCCACCUCGUGGGGCUCGGCCAGCUCCUAACUCCCCAAAAAUGAAACUUAGGUACCUGAAAAAUGUAUUUCCAAAAGUAGAAGAAACUAUGUUGCUUGAUAUUUUGGAACAAAGUGAUAACAAUGUUCAAAAAGCUUCUGAAAAAUUAAUUGAUUUGGGUUAUGAAAAACGAAAUCCUAUAGCUCCUAAAUCAUUACGAAAAAAGGAAGAGGAACAAAUAAAAAAAGAACAACAAAUUGCACCUACCCCACCACCACGUAUGAAAAGUUUAGAAGAAAAAAAUAAAAUGAAAAUGCGAUUAGUGGAAAAAUAUAAAUCAGUACCAGAAAGAGUAAUAAUGCUCGCUAUGGAUAGUGUUGAUUAUGAUGAAGAAAGAGCAAUAUACAUAUUAGACAUCAUGGUUACAGAAGAAGCUACAAGACCUUUAUGUACAUCAAGUAGUCAAAGUAGUAAAAGUGAUGAAAGAAAAGAUAGUCCACCAAUAACUGAAGCCGUAAAAUUAACUGUAUCACCAAUUAAAAAAAUAGUUAAGGAUGCAGAUUUGGAAAAAUCUAAACGAUCUAAAAAUAAAAUAGAAAUACCAAAAGUUUCUCGAGGAACCAGUACAACAGAAGACAAUGAAUAUAAAUCUCCAUAUUUGACAAAAUCAGUUGGACCAAAUCCUGAUUUACCAAAAGGAGCUAAUAAUGAUUUACUUUUACCUGAUUAUGCACCCUGGUCAGGACCAGAUCCGAAUUUAUUAAGUAAAGAAAUAUACAAUAAAACAAUAGCUAAUGGACAUGAUGCAAGUUUGGUUUUUGGAAAUCGUUAUGUUGCCAAAGGACCUAAUCCAGAAUUGAGAAAAGGCCCAUUGAGGGAAUUAACUCAAGGAUCUAUUUAUUCUCAAAGAAAUAUUUCAAACACAGAAAGUCGUGGUAAAUGAAAUAUGUGUAAUUGUUUUUUUGUCAAUUUUUAUGUUUGUUAAUUUAGUACAUUUCAAGUUUUGUUUUAAAAAUUAUU